AUGUCGCUGGACAAUUCAGAAAAAGUCUCCAUCAACCACCAUCCCCGGCCCCCUAAAGCAGGCAACAGUAAAAGUUCCCUGACAGAGUCCGCUCAGCGUAUCAAGAGGAAGCGCUAUUCUGUGGAUGUUGCCUUUAAGGGACCAGCCAAGCGUCGUCAUCGCGCUAGUAGUGAUGGUCAAAUGGAGUCCGUACUGCCCACACACUUCUUGUUGGGCGGGAACAUCUUUGACCCACUGAACCUGAACUCGUUGUUAGAUGAAGACAUCAACAGGGCAACCAAUCAGGAGACUCAGAAGUGUUCCCCCCUGCCGUCCAGGAGCAAUGGCCCUAUAGAGAUCCUGGUUCCUCGAGACAUCACUGACCCUUUGAACCUGAAGGGAGGCGGCGGGGGUGUCUUACUGUCUCCCCUCAAGUCCAAGAGGAGACACAGGAACCGACAUGGUGGGGACAAGGAUGCGGUGCCAGCACAACUAUUUCCCUCCACAGAUGGAAUGACAGUUGCGUUGUUGGCCAGAGAGGGCAGUGUUCCGGUUUCUCCACUUCCUUGCGAACUCAACACUGCUAUCACCUGUCGAGAGGACAUUGCCCCGCCCCCUAUCCUUUUCAGAAGGCACACCCACCCUCCUCCAGGUGGUGCCCACAAAUCAAAUGACCACCGCCAGAAGAGUCGAAGACGCACCACCUCAACGAAGUCGUCAGACCUCAUCUCUGACUCUGUCAAUAUGACAGCCCGGUUCCAGACACCACUGGCAGGAGGGGUGGGAACCGUCCGGUGUACAUGUAAACCAGUUGCUGCUCAGCCAUCAGAGAAGAAGGACAAACACCGCUACCAGUAUGGCAACCAUUGCCACUACUAUGGCUACCAUGGUUCGUAUGGCGUCGGAUGGGAGGGGCGUGUCGGGCCCCAGGAGGACUUACGGCUACGCUUGCUGGAAGCUGAUUGGUUCAGAGACAAAAAGGUGCUGGACGUGGGCUGCGGUGCUGGUCACCUGACACUCUGUGUUGCCCGUGGGUUUAACCCUGUCCAUAUCCUGGGGGUGGAGCUAGAUGGAAGAUUGGUGCAUGCUGCAAAGCAGAACAUCAGGCACUUCCUGUCACAUGACCUGGUGGAAGCGGAAACAAAGAGGAGAGGCUCCACUGUCUCUUUGUUUUCUCCAAUGACAGAAGGAGUCAGAAAGGAGGUGAUGAAGGACCUGAAGCAGGAGGGAGAGGAGGAUGAAGCUUGGCGUCUCCUCUCCUUCCCGCUGUCGUUGCGGGUCAGUCGUGGCCCUUUGGCUGCUCCUCCUCUGCUCCUGGCUGCUCCUCCAGCCUCCUGCAGGUUUCCCAACAACAUCUCAUUCAUCCAGGGUGACUACGUGUCAGAGCAGGAGUUCUGGCCUGGGCGGGGUCAGUAUGAUGUCAUCAUGUGUCUGGGUGUGACCAAGUGGGUGCAGCUGCAGGCAGGUGAUGGGGGUGUGUGCCGACUGUUUAGACGAGCCUAUCAAAGCCUGUCACCAAGUGGGUUGUUCAUUUUAGAGCCACAACCAUGGCAACACUAUGGCCGCAGCAAGAAAGCCUCGGCAGCGACAUACCAUCACUACAGGACUUUGCAGCUGAGACCUGAGCAGUUCACCUCUUACUUGAUGGACAAUGUCGGCUUCAGCUCUUACAGACUGCUCACACACACUGGUAAGCAACAGCCCAUCUACCUGUUCCACAAAAGUCCCGCCCACAAGGACAGCAGGUGA